AUGGAGUUUGAGAAGGCGUGGGAGGACAGGAACCCGCGGAAGGCCUACGCUCUACUAAAACAGUAUAGUGGCAAAAUGAAAAGAUGUUCCCAUGUCCUCAGCACUGCUAAUGGGACCUUGCUGAGCCGGCAAGCACCAUCAGCUCCUGAACUCGAGCAAGUUCAUAGACCGACAUAUGCGGUUAACGAGGAGCCACCCACCGAGCCGGAGAUCCUGGUCUGUAUUCAAAAAAUGAAGAGUGGAAUAUCUGGUGGAGACGGAAUUAGCGCAGAAAUGCUAAAAUAUCUUCCUCCGUCUGGGAUUCAUGAGAUGACAAAGAUCAUCCGUUCAAUAUGGAUAGACGGAAGGAUACCCGACUCGUGGAGACACGCUAUCAUAAUUCCCCUCCACAAGAAAUUAUCCGUCACGGAGCCUGGAAAUUAUCGAGGAAUCUCUUUGCUGCGUGUUAUGUACAAGGUACUGGAGCGCAUUACCCUGGACCUACUCAUUAAACGUCGCGAAGAAACAAAGCGAGACGAGCAAGCUGGCUUUCGUCCUGGCCGAUCUACGAUUGACCAGGUGUUCAUCAUCAGGAGAGUGAUCGAAAUCUGGCAGCGGUAUUCGAAGUCAAUGCAACUAGCGUUUCUGGACUUUGAAGCCGCAUUCGACUCUCCUCACCGAGGCCGUCUUCUCAACGCGCUUCGCGCCGAUGGAGUACCAGGAAAGUUCAUUCGCUUGCUUGAUGACAUGAAUCAAGAAACAGCAGUUCGAACAGCAGCCGGAUAUACAACACCGUUUGAGGUGGUAUUUGGAGUAGGACAAGGGGCAGUGGCAGGACCUUUCCUGUUCAAUCUCGGCAUCGAUGAUAUUAUGCGAAGAACAGUAGAUCAGUGUACUGCCGAUAUCAUUCUUACACCAUCAGGAUACCCCUUGACCGAUCUCGAGUACGCUGACGAUGUUGUUAUAUUCGCGGAAAGCAGUACGAAACUUCGACAUGUUGUAAACCUUGUAUCGAAGCUGGCUGCAGCCUAUGGACUACGUCUACGCCCUGAUAGAUGCAAGCAGAUGUGGAUCUCUUCGAGACCUCGAACGGAAAUCAGGGUGGACGGACAACCGAUAGAACUCGUCGAUGAGUUCUGUUACCUGGGCUGUAUGCUGAAGAACAACGGCAGCUACGAGAGAGAUGUUCAGCAAAGAUGCACUAAGGCCACUUUUGCAUUGAACUCCUUAACGAAAUGCCUGUGGUCGAGCCCUAUCACCAACGAAGUCGAGCUGCGAGUUUACCUAUCCGCAAUUCGCUCCAUCAUGAUGUACGGAUUAGAGACUUGGGCAGCACCAUCAACGGUUAUGGAGAGGCUUGACUACACGGAACGAAAGCUGCUUAGACGGCUACUUGGCUACUUUUAG